GGCAGGAAAGAAAAUGCAGAGAUACAUGACGGAAAGAUUCAUUCAUCCGCGGUCGUCGGGAGGACCGAGGAGGGUGUUAUUUUCCCGUCAUUUCAAUUAGGACCCGGUGCUGAACAGAUAAUUAGAAUAUAGAGGGGUUUGUUCCACUGUUGUUUUCUGCCCUUCAUAACUGAUAAAUGUCUCCGAGGGAAUCUGAUUGAAGCUGCCAUGUUUUUCGCCCAUCUGGUUCGCCAAAAGAGACUCUUGGCAUAAACUGCUACGGGGCCUUUUCAGACUGUUGGCACACAUGACGAGCGAUUGGCAUGCUGAUGAAGACGGCGGGGGGAACAGAGAACAGGGCGCUUGACCAGCAGCUCCAGGCCUCGCUCAGAGGAAUGUGUUUGUCACAUGGUUCAUUCCUCGGUCGUCUGAGACACUUCAUAGACGUCAUCGACCCCAGCACGCUGUUCGUGUCUGAGAAACAGUUGAAAGAAAGCAUCAAACUACUUGAUGACUUUAAACAUGGCACGCUUCCACCUGGAGUCUCUGACAGUCAGCUGUGGGACGCCCAGAAGAUCAAGCAGGCCAUCAUUCAUCCUGACACAGGAGAGAAGAUCUUCAUGCCAUUUCGAAUGUCAGGUUAUGUACCAUUUGGAACGCCGAUUGUCAUUGGCCUUCUUCUCCCAAAUCAGACUGUGGUGUCUACCAUUAUAUGGCAGUGGCUGAACCAGAGUCACAACGCCUGCGUGAACUACGCCAACCGCAACGCCACAAAGCCGACGCCAACAUCCAAGUUUCUUCAAGGCUAUGUGGGAGCUGUGACCAGCGCUGUUUCUAUCGCAGUGGGACUGAAUGUGCUGAUUCAGAAGGCCAACAAGCUGAGCCCUGCCACCAGAAUGAUAAUACAGAGACUCGUCCCCUUCCCAGCUGUAGCCAGUGCAAACAUCUGUAACGUGGGCCUGAUGAGACACAACGAGCUGUCUGAAGGUGUCGACGUUCUGGACAGCAACGGGAAGGUGGUGGGAUCGUCCAAAAUUGCAGCGAGGCAUGCGAUCAUGGAGACGGCGUUCACACGUGUGGUCCUCCCGAUGCCGAUCUUUGUGCUGCCCCCCAUCAUUAUGUCCUACCUAGAGAGGCUGCGAUUUCUGCAGAGCAACCGCAGAUUGUUGCUGCCGAUCCACAGCGUCGUGUGCCUGGUUACCUUCGGCCUGUCGCUGCCCGUGGCCAUCAGCUUGUUCCCCCAGAUGUCUCAGAUCGAGGUGUCUCGCCUGGAGCCGGAGAUCGCCAUGGCAACAGAUUGUAAGGUGGUGACCUACAACAAGGGUUUAUGAUGGAUGUCGGCCGGUGUGGGAGAGGAGCACGGAGGCUCUGAUGAGGAGGGAGCUUCAGUAGCCGAGCCGGUAGAUCAUCGCGUACUAACUCCGGGUUUCUAAACCUGUUUUUAUUUUUAUUACACAGUUAUCAAGAAGCCGGCGAUUAUUGUUGAGCCGCGGUUUCUUCUGACUGGCUUGAAAGAUGAUGAGGAAGAAGAAGAAGAAGAAGCAGCUGUGUAUAUGUGAAAUCAGUUUCUUUUUCUAGAAUUAAUACAUUUAUUUUAAUAUGUAUGAUGCAGUGUUUCCCUGCACACAGGCCACACGAUGCUGCACACUCAACUCUAGUUCGUAUCUGCUGCUAUUUCCUCCAGUGACGAAAGGUUUUAACCCUGCAAUAACUGACUUUUUGUCCACUUGGGAAUCCGUAAACACAUGAUAAGAUAUAUAAUCGCCUCCAGCAGGUUACUGAGCAAUGCGGCAUUCGUUUGAACUCCAUCUGUCUGCUGUUGGAUUGUGAGGAGAAGAGAAGUUGUGAGCUGAGUGAAAGAGACUCUUUCAUGCUCAUUCAAGCCUAAUUUCUCCUCAAUCAGUUGAUCUAAACCCUUUAAAAAAACACAGUGACACCUGCCAGGCUCUUUGAAUAAAACAAAGGAUAAACUAGAUUCAUCCGUUCAUACAGGACUCUAAGGAUGAUGUCAUGAUUUGAUGGGCGUGGACAUGAUGUAAAUCCUUAAACACCUCCAGGAGAUGUUUCGGUCCUUGUGUUAGGCAGAACGCCAUCAUUGAAAAACACUCCAAAAUGAGGAAAUAUCUCAUGGAAUAAUGUUGUUCAUCCAUCGGGAAGCGAGCAGAGUCUAUCAGGCACAUGUAGAGAAAACCAUCUCCUGUAGCCACGAUCUUAAUCAUCUCGAACCAAACUCCUCAGACACUAAGAUCACUAAAUCUACAAUCCUUUGUUUGUUGUACCAAUGAAAGAGUUUGUGCUGAGCAGUUCACAGUUGGAUAAACAAUCAGUGCCCUCUGCUGGACACACCAGGUAUCUACCUGCCUACCUUUACCUGUUUGUUAUUCAUCGUCCACCAACACACGGUGCUGCUGAUCCACCUGCAAUAAACUCAUCGGCUGAUUCAUUUGAUUGGUUUGUCGGUCAGUUGUGUUGUAAUAAUGGCGACGGGUCCUCUGUAUAUUUGUCUGUCAGCCUCUCAGCUCUGAACCCUGCAGCGCUGAUUUAUUCUGACAGAAAACACUGACGAGGGAAUAAUAAAGGAUCCACCGUGUCAGCUGCACUGUGGACCUGCAGAACUCGACUGUCUGAUCUGUGUUUUUAGCCAAAUGUUGUAAACUAAACUCUCCUUCCUGAGUCGUAGGACGUCUGACUGUUUUUUUUAACUGUGUUCCUAAUGAAAUAAUGAUUUUGUACAAUGUGAAAGUAUUAACUUUAUUAUUAAACUGCUGAUGACGAUGAGCUAGUGUUUUUAAUUUGUUUUGUAUUAUACUUCUACAAGGUUAUUAAUUCAUGUUUGCGAGUCAAACACUGUAAAAUAUUUAUCUAUAUUAUCUAAAAAAAUAUAUAUAAUAAAUAACUUUUAUCCACUUAA